CCAAAACUUCUCCUGCCUUCAUUCUUCCCGCACUCCCCACUGCAACGGUAACUCACAUAAUCACACUUGCUAACAAAAAUAACACUAAAAAAGAAAAUAAAUAAAUAAAAAAUCCCUAUAUAAUCCCCCAACUAUUUCCCUUCCCCUUCACUUAUUGACUCCUUCUCUUCCUACACACACUACUAAAAUUGCCACAGCUAUUUUUUCCUCUCAUCAAAAUCAAAUCAAAUUUAACCAUAUAUUCUUUUUUUUUUUCUACAUGGCUUAUGAUGAGGCUCAGGGGAGACAUGCUCUUCUCUUUCUCGUUCUAUUUUCUUGUUUCUUGAGCUCUUGCUAUGGCUACCAGUUCGUGGUCGGUGGCAGCCAAGGCUGGGUCUUAAAUCCUUCUGAAAACUACAAUCAAUGGGCUCAAAGAAACAGGUUUCAAGUCAACGAUACACUCUUGUUCAGGUAUAACAGAGGCUCGGACUCUGUUCUUGUGGUGAACAGUAGGGCCGAUUACGACAGCUGCAACACCGCAAAUCCCAUACAAAGGUUCGAUGAUGGGAAUUCCGUCUUCACGUUUGACCGGUCGGGCCCCUUUUAUUUCAUCUCCGGGAACAGGACAAACUGCGACGCCGGACAGAAGCUGAUCGUCGUCGUUCUCGCCGUCAGGAACCGCCCAAAUACGCCGCCGGCCGGGCAGGGGGGAAGCUCGCCAUCGUCUCCGCCUGGUGGAGCUUCGCCGCCGGCGACCGGAUCUCCCUCGCCAGCUGGAUCGACUUUGUCUCCGACGCCGGCGACGGGAGGACCCUUCUCGCCAGCUGGCUCUCCGUCGGCGUCUCCGGGGACAGGGGAGCACGGGUCUGGUCCAUCUCCGGCGGUUGGGGCUCCCGGGCCGGCGGUCCAUGUGUCUGGUCCAUCGCCGGCGGUUGAGGCUCCUGGGCCGGCGACCCAUGGGUCGGGUCCAUCUCCGACGGUGGAGGCUCCUGGACCGGCGGUCUACGGUGGAGGUCCGUCUCCGGCGGUUGGGGCUCCUGGACCGGCGGUUUACGGCGGAGGUCCGUCUCCGGCGGUUGGGGCUCCUGGACCGUCGGUAUCCGGCGGAGUUCCGUCUCCGGUGAGUGAGGCUCCUCCUCCGGGAACGGAAAGUUCAGCUACGUCGCCGGCGAGUGGGUCCCCAACGACGCCGGGAUCUACAACUUCUCCUGCUCCGGGAAGUGGUACUCCGGCGGAUACCAACUCGCAAGGCGGUGGUCGGCCGCGGUCCUUGGCGGCGCCGCCGUGCAAGCCCUCGAUUUUAUUCCUGUCGUUUGUCUUGAGCGUGGGUUUGGGUGGGUUUAUGGUUUCCGGUUAG